UAGCUACUCGGAAUGUAUAUGUGAACCAACCAAACAUCAGAAAAACAUACACACGUACAGCCGGAAAAUAAAUUAAGAGUUUUAGCUGUUGUAGUUUUGACUUUUUCUCUCUUUGUGCGGCCAUAAUGUCUGACGAGGAAGAGGACUACAUGUCUGACGCGUUUCUCAGUAAAUUACAAGAUGUGAAACCAGGUAUCAGCAUGGUGAGGCGGGUAAAAGAAGCAAUGAAGAAGGAGACACAGCAAAAGGAGACCAACGUCAAGAACCGUCAGAAGACCUUCAAGGAGCAGGAGAAGGAGAGCAGAGAGACAGCUUUACAAAACUCCAUUUGCAAUCAAAACAAAGGGUUUGCACUUCUGCAGAAAAUGGGUUACAAAGCGGGUCAAGGCCUCGGGAAAGAGGGAGCAGGGAGGGUUGAUCCAAUUCCUCUAAAUAUCAAAACUGACAGGGGCGGCAUUGGGAUGGAAGAGGUCAAGAAAAGAAAAGCAGAGGAGGAACUUGAAAAUUAUCGUCAGAAAGCGCGAGCCAAACAACAGAAUGAGACCAAGUCUCUGGAAGAUUUUAGGUCAAGAGUAAGGACAGAGAGAGAGGAGCGCAAGAUUGAAGGAGAUCUCAGAAGGAGUCAGCGAGCCUGUGAGCAGCUCGACAGUCAGAAGGGCAUCACUGUUCCCAGGGAAGACUGGUACUGGCCUAAAGCAGAGACUGAUGAUGAGGAAGAUGAUCUUAAAGAGGAGGAGGAGGAGGAGGAAGAGGAGAAGGAAGAGGAGAUAGUGGAAUUAACUUCCUUUGACAAACUGCAAAUUUUGACAUCCUAUUUGAGAGGAGUCCAUUUUUACUGCAUAUGGUGUGGGACCACUUAUAAUGAUGAAGAGGACUUGUGCUCUAACUGUCCCGGAGAUACAGCAGCAGACCAUGAAUAAACUUGAUUAUGUGCAGUAGUUUUCCAGUGGAAAAGCUGAAAAAAACAGAAAAAUGUUUGACUCUGGGAACUGCAGACCAGAAUUAGAGGAAUAUCUAUUCAUUUUCAGAUUUGAAUCUGCUGUUUGUGCGUCUUGAAUUAUUCUUUACAUUUAGAAAUUAUGGGAAAUUUAAGAUACCUUUUUAAUAUUUAUAUUUUGAAAAGAUGUACUAUGUACUGUUUUGUGACAUGUUUCAAGAGCAAUUGCAUACCUGUGUUUUCAUUAAAUGUUUUAAGAAAUAUA